AGGACUUAGGAGGGUUAGUCACAACGCGAUGGCGAGAAGGAGGAAGAGCGCACACCUGCCGGCCCGUAAAAACCACCGUCGAGAGGUUUAGGAUGCCACGCCAAUUUCUGCUUAUGGUUGUACACAACGACAAUGGUGUUCGGGAACACUGAGCGCUGAGCAGCGAGGAAAAAGUGUGAUCAAGGUUGGCACUCGUUGUCAUUGGAAACUCAGCGCACGUUCUCUAUGGCAUUUGGCUCAACAGAUCGCCAUGGCUAUCUUUACUGCUUCUCAAAUCUCUAGGCAGUAUAUAUACUGGUGAUCAGCUGCCUCAGAAAUACAAAAAUUACUAUCAUGAUCCUCUCCAAUGGCUUAAUGUUUGCCAGCCUCGCGCUCGACUUCGUCAACUUCGCUUCCGCGACAGAUAUCGUUCAUUACCCACCAAAAUUAACCAACCUCAACAACCUCACCUUCGUCCUCAACGGGAUUGGCACACCAGGAAUUUUCAACUCAUCCAUCACACCCGAUUUCGAAUAUGGGAUGUACAACUGGUGCAACAUGCCCCACGUUCGAGCUCGAGAAUACCAGACACCGUCGUCGGCUUAUACGCUCAAGUACAUCGAGAUAAUCCAACGACACCAUAAACGAACCCCGUACGCAUCGAAUACGUUCUUCAAAGAAGAUAUACCUUGGGAUUGUACCGGCGAAGGACCAGUUUAUUAUGGAAAAGGCACAGUGGGAGUGACGGAUGACCCGACUGUGAUCCAAUGGUCCGCAUAUACGAAUUCGCAAAAUCCAUUCACGAAUAGUGUCGGACCAGGAUUUGUCGGGAGUAAUUGCGCUUUUCCGCAGAUAACCACCGGAGGUCUCAAUGACUCGUACACACAUGGGGCGGACUUACGGGCAGUGUACACUGAAAGGUUAAAUCUUUCCACUAAAGCCGAUCCAAAUACCUUCAAAAUCCGUGUAACUUCCAAUCCUAUCACGUCACAAGUCUCCGGUGGACUGCUAAAGGGACUAUUCCCUGACUCUUCUGAUGUCGCUGCCCUCAUCCAGGCCGAUGCCUUCGAUUCAUUGACAGCAUCUUAUAGCUGUCCGGCGGCCAAAUCUAUCUUCACUGCCUAUACAACAGACAGUUCCCAUUGGACGGAACACCUAGUCAAUGCAGCAGGUAUCUACGAAGAGUUGGAUGAAGUUUCCGGUAUUGCGGCGGAUGAUACUGCGGGAUGGCACACGAGUUUUGAUCACUACUACGACAAUCUGUCGGCAAAACAAUGCGACUCCAAACCUCUCCCAUGUAGUGUCAACGACACCUUUCUCUGCGUAACACAACCCCUUGCUGACACCGUCUUUCGUUUGGGCAACUAUGAAUACUCGUAUUACUAUCGUGACGCGUACAACUCGACGCUUUUUAGCGCACUGAGCUAUGGCGCGUGGGUUUUGGAGCUCGUUGGGCAUCUCAAGGAACAGGUAGAAGGCACAAGUGAUGUUAAAUAUUUCCAUAAUGUCGCCCACGAUGGCUCGUUGAGUCCGCUAUUGGGGAUAUUGCAGAUUUCGGAAAUGGUUUGGCCGGGGAUGGGCUCCGAAAUUGUCUUUGAACUAUACGAGAAAAAUUCCAAUUCAAUCUCGAACUUCUUCCUACGCGUGCUCUGGGGCGGCCAACCUAUGCAGACGUCUCUUCCUUUUGGUACAAACAGCGGUGGAUUGCUAGAUAUGAUUCCUGUGGAGGACUUUUUUGAAUACGUCCAUAACACGAUCGGCACCGGGCCAGAGCUGUUCGCUGCUUGUCAAAAAUAAAUGCAACAUGGAGAGAUAUGGUAGGAUGGUGACGCCAACAACGAUCUAAUGUUGGAUGAUGAUUCUUGAGUGCAGGUUCCGACCGGGAAUGCUUAUUGCUCAACAAGAAUGGUCGUAUGUUUAUACCAUAUGCAUUCUUCUGGCUUAGUCUGGUCAUAUGGGUAUUUUAGCAACAGGUUACAACUCUUCCGUUUGGCUUCCGAGAUGUAAAUACAAUACAAGGACCUUUGUCGAAAGGUAUCAUGUGGCUCCGGGUGGCUUCAUAAGAGUCUUAAACUUGUCAUCAAUCGUCUUAUCACUAUCAGCCGACAGAGGAUAUUAAAGGGCACCUA